UCUUUACAUAAUUCAGCUAAACCUUGACUCCGUCCACGACCUUUCGAAAAAACGGUGUAUCUGCUUUACGUUCUUUACGUCUUUUAACUGGAGUCAUCAUGAUUGCUAGGAGAGGACCUUCCAUCUUUCCUUCUCUCACCACAUUCAUUCUUAACACGGGGUGGGAUCUGACAUCACUACCAGACACAGCUAUGCAAUCCCGCUUCACAAUACUCUGCACACCUCUCUCUCCUCUUUUUUUUGUUUUGUAUGCAAGUCAGUUGUCGGUUUUUCAUCUUUGUGGGAAUAUUAUGCAUUUCAUGCAUAAGAGCCUCUUCUCCUUUCUUCUCUCGUCUUCUCCUGACCACGUACGCAGCUGCUUUCUUCCUUCCUCUUCUGCCACGUAGUUAGUUCUGUGCUUUCUCUUUUUUUAUCCUGUCCUCUCUUUUCCUUCGUUAAAGACAGCCUCACAGAUGAACGUUUCGAAUAUAAUCAAUCGCUUGUGCGAUUUAGUCCGUAACAAUCUGGGUUUGGCUUCGUCAUCUCCAACGUCUCAAAAAGAGUGCGAAGUGGCAGAUGGUUUAUUUGAAACGACCAAAUCUGUCAAAGAUGCCACAGCAUGUCACUAUACAGAGGAAACCACGCUGGACGUGGAUGAUGACCCUUUGGAUUAUUCGAGUGGCAGCGAAGAAGAGGAGGGUGAAUCGGAGGAAGAGGCUCAUGGAGGAGCAAGUACAAGCGAGAAAGAGCCACGUCAUUUGACUAACUAUUAA